AAAAGAAAUAAAAAAGAAUAUAUAUGUGUGUGAGAGCAUAAGCAUAGGAUGUCUGAGAGGCUCCAAGUGUGUUUGGUACUAGGCUACUACUAGCUCCCUGUCUGUUCACCAAUUUUCAACUCUUUCUCUUUCUCUCUCCAUAGUCUCUUCCCAAUUAUUUUGCAUUUCUCAAAGCUAACUCUUUUUUUUUCUUAAAUAAAAAAUUAUAUAUAAUAAUAGAAAAAAAACGAGUCUUUGGAAGAUUAUACUAUACAAAACCCAACGCACUCUUCAGAUGCGCCUCUCUCUCAGUCAAUCUCUCUCUCUAGCUCAAAUAAAAUCUGAAAGUUUAUGUCUUUCUCUUUCUUCAACCUCAUGAACUCAUGCUUUUCAGAGGUUUUGUAGAUUGGUGGACAAAUCCAAAAUGGAUUUUGGGUUGGUGAGCUUGGAGAGUUUGGUGGGUCCUCCUUCUCAUCAUGAGGGCGGUGGUGGUAACGGUGGAGGAGGAGGUGGUGGUUGUGGUGGGGGAGCUUCUUCUCAGUUUAAUGAUUCAGAUACUAAGUCAAUAAAUAAUGGUGUUCUUGGAUCUGGGUUUGUUAAGCAAGAAAGAUCUGGGCCUUGUGAUGAUGACUGGAAGAGCUCUAAAGUUGCUAAAACAGUUGAUUUAUCAUCUUCAAAAACAAUGCCAUUACACCAAGGAAGUCCAAUGUUGAGAUCUAAUUCUCUUGGCUUCCAUGCUGAUACUCGCCAACAAGAACAUAUGCUUAGCUUCUCUUCAAACAAAUCACAAGUUUCUUUUCUCAAUAAAGAUGCUGCAUUAGUGGAAAGAACCUCUCAGAACUCUGCUUUUCCUUUCUACCAAAGACCCCCCACUUCUUACUCUAGGAAUACAGGUUAUGGUUCUGGAAGCUUGAAUGCAGGCAUGCAUGCGACUUUUACUGGGAUCAGAGCACCAUUUACUCCAUCCCAGUGGAUAGAGCUAGAGCACCAAGCCUUGAUCUACAAGUACAUCACUUCAAAUGUGGCUGUACCAUCCAAUUUACUUAUGCCCCUCAAGAAAUCCCUCAAUCCAUAUGGCUUGGCGGGUUCCUCUGCCGUUUCCUUGCCUCAUAAUUCAUUAGGGUGGGGAUCUUUCCAUCUGGGUUUUGCUGACAAUACCGACCCCGAGCCGGGGAGGUGUCGCCGGACAGAUGGGAAGAAAUGGCGUUGCUCCAGAGAUGCUGUUGCCGAUCAGAAGUACUGUGAAAGGCACAUUAACAGGGGCCGCCAUCGUUCAAGAAAGCCUGUGGAAGGCCAGACUGGCCAAGCUGCCUCUGGGACCACUAACUCAAAGGUGGCGCAGAUAACGACCCCCGUGUCGACAUCUGUGAUGCCUGGUGGAGGAGGCAGUGCGUCCAACAACCUCGCCAUAACACAGCACCAGUUCAAGGGCUUGCAGUCUGGUGCUGCUGUUGCUACAAAUCCUUCUACAGAUACCCUUGUGAACAGAAUGCAAGACCUUAGAGGGGCCCAGUCCGUGAUGUCUUCUUCAAAUGUUAAUCAGAAAUCAAAUCAAACCACUUUUAACGUUCCAAAACAAGUCCCAGCUGGAGGAUCCUCUCAGUCAGAGUUUGGGCUUGUUUCUACUGAUUCUCUCCUUAAUCCCUCUCAAGAAAAUGCUUACAUAAACUCCAAAAACUAUGCCUCUUUCCUUGAUUUCAGUGGCCAAGAGGCUCAAGAUCAGCAUCAUCCUCUUCGUCAUUUCAUUGACGACUGGCCCAAGGACCAAUCCAAUCGAUCUGUCAUCACAUGGCCGGAAGAAAUGAAGUCUGACUGGACCCAACUCUCGAUGUCGAUCCCUGUGACAUCUUCUGAGUUCUCAUCAUCCACAAACUCACCUACCAGACAAGAAAAACUGGCUCUUUCGCCACUGAGGCUAUCUCGUGAGUUCGAACCAAUGCAGAUGAAUCUUGGGGUGAACAAUGACCACUUUAGUGAAGCAACUCAUAAACAAACUAAUUGGGUUCCUAAAUCUUGGGGUAGCUCAAUGGGGGGUCCUCUUGGAGAGGUCUUGACCAACACAGCUGGAAGUGUUAAGGCAUGUAAAAACCCUUCUUCCCUUAAUCUCUUGACAGAAGGGUGGGAUGGGAGUCCUCAAUUGGGUUCUUCCCCAACUGGUGUACUACAAAAGUCAACUUUCUGUUCACUCUCAAAUAGCAGCUCAGGAAGCAGUCCUAGAGCUGACAAUAAAAGGAACAUUGAUGGGGCUAGUGUAUUUGAUGACGUUCUUGGUUCAACACUGGCUAGUUCCUCUGUUCCAUCUCUGUAAUCUUGUUUGUACUAAUCCAGGCAAAAGAGUUUUGACUUGCUCUAAAGACAACUCAACAAGCUUGGACUUAACAUUCUGUUGUUCUCAUUUUAAUUAUUCCCUUUUAUGUUUUUCUUUUAAUCAUUUACUUUCUUCAUGGAUUUCUUGAACAAUGACAUGGCUGAUCCUCAUUUGAACGGGUACUAGCCAGUUUGACUAAUGUCAUCUAUGCAAACAAUGUAUUUUUUUU